UUCACCGGAGCGGAUGUGCGCGAGUAAUUCGCGAGUGUUUAUAAUUACGUAAGGUAAUAAUGAGAGUUCGGAAACGGUAGCCUGCAAUGCGCGUCGUGCGUAAUGCUUCCUAUGUUUAUAUAUGUACUGUUGUCGGUUCUCAACUUGUGUGAACCGCUGUACCACCACCAGUUCGCGUUACAUUUACCAAGUGGAAAUGCGGACGAACUGGCACACAAACAUGGUUUCAUUAAUCAUGGACAGAUUGGGAACUUGAAACAUUUCUACUUGUUUUCACAUCCUCACGUUAGCAAGAGAUCUGUCAAUACAAGUUUAAGUUAUGUUAACCAAUUGAAGAACGAUCCACAGGUGCGAUGGGUGAUGCAGCAACGGGAAUUACGAAGAACGAAAAGGGAUCAUGCGAGCAGACCCGUCAUGCGACAGUCCAAUCUUCCCACCUUCCCGGACCCACUGUUCAAGGAACAGUGGUAUUUGAACGGCGGGGCAGCAGAUGGUCUUGACAUGAACGUCGGCUACGCCUGGCGCAAGGGAUAUACCGGAAAGGGCGUAGUCAUCACAAUAUUGGAUGACGGGAUACAACCCAAUCACCCAGACUUGGCGCAGAAUUAUGAUCCCGCCGCCUCAACUGACAUAAAUGGAAAUGAUACGGACCCCACGCCGCAAGACAAUGGCGAUAAUAAACAUGGCACAAGAUGCGCUGGGGAAGUGGCUGCCGUGGCAUAUAAUCGAUACUGUGGCGUGGGGAUCGCAUACAAUGCUAGUAUUGGAGGAGUGCGAAUGCUUGACGGCCUAGUUAAUGACGCAGUGGAAGCUCAAGCUCUUAGUUUCAACACUCACCACAUUGACAUUUAUAGCGCUUCCUGGGGACCGGAAGACGACGGGAAAACGGUUGACGGCCCAGGGCCCUUAGCGAGAAGAGCGUUUAUAAACGGGGUUACAAAUGGUAGGGGCGGUAAGGGUUCUAUUUUUAUAUGGGCUUCAGGCAACGGUGGAAGACAUACCGACUCGUGCAAUUGCGAUGGUUAUGCUAAUAGUAUUUUUACAAUUUCUAUAUCGAGCGCAACUCAGGGAGGGUACAAGCCCUGGUAUUUGGAAGAGUGCUCGUCAACUUUGGCUUCUACUUAUAGUUCAGGUACUCCAGGUAGAGAUAAAAGUGUUGCCACUGUUGAUAUGGACGUUCAGUUACGACUGGAUCAUAUAUGUACCGUGGAUCAUACAGGAACCUCUGCUUCUGCUCCGUUAGCUGCAGGAAUUUGUGCUUUAGCACUCGAAGCUAACACUCUAUUGACAUGGCGAGAUGUGCAACAUUUGAUUAUAAUGACCUCUCGCUCACAACCAUUAGAGAAGGAGGAAGGGUGGAUAGUCAACGGUGUAAAAAGAAAAGUGAGUCAUAAGUUUGGUUACGGCUUAAUGGACGCAGGUCAAAUGGUUUCUCUAGCGGAGCAAUGGAUUAAUGUGCCACCGCAACACAUUUGUAAGUCACAGGAAAUAAAUGAGGACAGAUCAAUUGAAACUUCUUUCGGUUACACUAUAUCUGUGCAUAUGGACGUGAAUGGCUGCAGCGGUACGAUGAAUGAGGUCCGAUUUUUGGAACACGUUCAAUGCAAAAUGUCACUCAGCUUUUUCCCACGAGGAAAUUUAAGAAUUUUGCUUACGUCACCAAUGGGCACUACAUCAACGCUUUUAUUCGAAAGGACACACGAUGCGACAAGCUCAAACUUCGACGACUGGCCCUUUUUAAGUGUACAUUUUUGGGGAGAAAAUGCUGAAGGGCGUUGGAUUCUACAGAUAAUAAACGCCGGCAAUAAUCAUGUAACCCAACCAGGAGUACUCAAGAAAUGGCAGCUUAUUUUCUAUGGCACUGCUAAGAAUCCCGUUAGAUUGAGAAAUAAAAGCUAUUUCGAUUCGAAUCAUCCGAAUCAAAUAAAAGAAAAAACAUAUCACAUAAACGAUGUAUAUGACGCAUCUGAAUAUUCGCAGUUCCUUAACGAAAUUGAACUCGGGAAAUCAGAUAAGCACAGUUAUCCUAAUAACAUACCCUCUUCACAAAGGAAAAAUGUUUUAGCAGAUGCUAAUGAUAAACAAGUACAGCGAAUGUGUGACCCUGAAUGUGAUUCCCAGGGCUGUUAUGGAAAAGGGCCAACGCAAUGUGUAGCUUGUAAGCAUUAUCGAUUGGAUAAUUCUUGUGUUUCGAAAUGUCCUCCAAGAAGUUUUGUAAAUCAAGGUGGCGUAUGCUGGCCCUGUCAUGAAUCCUGCGAAACUUGCGCAGGGGCUGGUCAAGAUUCUUGCCUUACGUGUGCACCGGCUCAUCUUUUAGUGAUUGAUCUAGCCGUUUGCUUGCAACAAUGCCCUGAUGGGUAUUACGAGGACCCAGAUGCGAACGCGUGCUUUCCUUGCGCCGAACACUGCGAUACGUGUUCAGAAAAAGCGAAUUUGUGUUCAUCAUGCGCUCAUAGCUACGUUUUGUAUAACGGUUCAUGUUUGGCUACAUGCCCACCUGGCACAUUUCAGAAGGAUGAUUAUGGUUGUUUGCAAUGCCACGAUUCGUGUGAAUCGUGUAGUGGACCAAGGGAAACGCAAUGUGUUUCGUGCCCAAUAGGCAAUUACGCAUUCAAUGGUUUAUGUAUUUCGAAAUGUCCUUCUGAAUAUUAUGCUGAUCCUCAGAGACGGGAAUGUAUAACAUGCCCAAUCGGAUGUUCAGUUUGUUCUAAUUCUGUUUGCUCUAUUUGUAAAACAGAUUGGAUUUUGACUAAAACUGGAAAAUGUAUUCCACUUGGGAAUAAUAAAUGUGAUAUGAAUGAAUAUUACGAGGGUGGGAGAUGCAAAAAUUGCCAUUCUACUUGCGAGAAAUGUAGCGGACCAAACGAGUGGGACUGUUUAUCUUGUUCCAGUCCGUUGUUAUUGCAGGGAUCAAGAUGUGUUGCAGAAUGCGGUCAAGGAUUUUACCAAACAACUGGUAGUUGCUCCCGGUGUCCGCAAACAUGCACCACCUGUGUAUCCAGAUUGAAUUGUACAACAUGCGCAGGUUCAUUAAGGUUACAAUCUGGAACAUGCCGUACCACAUGUGCCCCUGGUUAUUACCCAGACGAAGGAACGUGCUCGAAAUGCUACUUAUCCUGUGAAACUUGCACAGGACCGAGAAGAGAUCAAUGCGCAUCUUGUCCGCCAGAUUGGAGAUUAGCUGCUGGAGAAUGCAGACCUGAGUGCCCUCAGAACUUCUUCACAUGGGGUGAUAGCUGCCGCCGCUGUCAUCAUUACUGUCAAGAUUGCCAUGGCGCUGGUCCUCAGAGGUGUACAUCUUGUCCGGCACAUUUCUCGUUGGAAGGUGGAUUGUGUGUUGAGUGCCUUAGUUCCCAGUAUUACGAGCCCAGAACGAGGACGUGCCGUCCAUGCCAUGAUUCCUGCAGAUCUUGUUCUGGAUCUGGUUUGACCAGUUGUGUCACUUGUGCGCACCCUUUACGUUUAGAUAGAGUUAACCGCAAAUGCUUGGCGUGUUGUACGGAGACAAGCGCCAUUUACUUAAGUGACAACCAAACAAGUGACUGUUGCCAUUGCAGUAGGGAUAUUGGAGGCUGUUUAAACGGAUCAUCGGCGGGGAAGCGUCGCAUUGCGGAAAACAUUGGGUCACACAUGACCGUGUCAUUUUUUGUAGACGACGCAAAAACUCAGCCAAAUAUCUUGGAUCGUGAUUUAUUGAUAAUGUGGAGUGUUGGAGCCACGGUCGCGGUAGCCGUUCUUGCCCUCGUGAUAAGGUUCAAAAUUAAAAGGCGAAAUAGUCAUCUUUACCCGAAAACAGUGUACUCCCAACUCACGACAAUGGAUGAAGAUGUUACAACUACCCUCAAUCUAGCUAAUUCGAGUACAUUAAAAGUUAACGAAACCAAUUAUAGUCAAGCUGAAGAACCAACUUAGCACAAUUAGGUUUUAUAUUACUCUACAGACUGAUAUAUAGAAGGUUCAAUUUGUAGUGAAGACUCACGUUAAUAUUCUUGUUGCAAAAAGGUAAACAAAUUAUCUGAAAAUGUAGUUAGGCACUUGUUUUUAGAAAAUAUAUUAUUUAAGUUUCUAAUUCAACAAUAAUUUGAGAUAAAGAUGUUGCGAGUUUUAAAAUGUACUAAAUGAAAUAAAACUUUUAUUUACUCCAAUUUGACAUUUAUAUUAAUACAUUUUUUAUAAGAAAUUAUAGAUUUGUAACAACAUUCUACGAAGAGAGGGUCAAAUCAUCGACUAUCAAGUCAUCCUUGAUCGGCUUAAUUCUUUUGCGUUGCGUAGAGAUAAUAUAUCCCCGCGAUGCUCAGAGAUGUUCAGUUUGAUAUCAGUACCCGAAUUCAACAUUCAUGUUGAUACCAUACCACAACCCUUAGAUUAUUUAUACGUCUUAUCAUUAGAUAGACAGCUAGAUGUGACAGCUGUGAAAACGUUGAAGAAAUGCUGGCUGACAGUUAACCUCUAUUUUGUAAAAAUUCACGCACACUAACACAAAGUGACUUAUAAAUCGCGAGUGUAAAACGUACCUUGCCACGCACACUUAAUUAAUAAACCUAGUCUGUCUUCAUCGGCUCUAUCUAGACGUAUAAAUUAUCUUACUGGCUGCCAAAUUCCUGAACUGAUGCGGCUUAGGAACCUUCAAGAUAGAGAAUACUCCCAACUUAUAGGCCGGCAAUGCAUCUCUGACCUUUGGUAAUGUGGAUGUUCAUGAGCGGCUGAUCACGUGGAACUCUUGCCCAUUGGGGGGGUUACAUAAACAAAUGUACGGUUACGUUUUUGCAACGAGUUGACUUAAGUAAGUAUAACAGCUGUUAGCAUGACCAAUGACAUAGUCCUACGUUAAUUUUUAACCGACUUCAAAAUGGAGGAGGUAAAAUCUAUGUGUAUCUUGAAUAGUGUGUUAAAAGAAUUAUUAAUACUCCGAUUAUAAACUACAAAAUAGUUGUUUUUUUAUAUAUAGCACUAACAUUAUCUAUUAUUUUGUAUUUUUACAGCAAGAUAGCAUAUACGUGUUAAUGUUUAAUAGCAAGCAUUUUGCUAAUUCGUUCAUACGUAAGAUAUUAUCAAAUUCUUGUGUAUGCCUCGUUCCUGGUUUUAAUUAAAUCAACACCAAUGUACUGAAUCUGUUUGUGAAAAUCACGUGGUAUUUUCCAUAGACUUAGAUUGUACUAGCCCAAGUAUUCGUGACCAAUUUGUUUUUUUUUAAUAAUAUGUGCGUUAUCUAGUGCUAGUUUAAAAUAUUCAAAAUAUUAAGAAGCUCGUUUACGACUACAUUUUGGACUCGGUUUAUUUACUUAGUUUAAAUUAAUUCAAUCGACGGCACCACAGGCAAAUCACCUAUUAAAGUGUAGGCUUAUAAAAUGCAUAACUAUAAUCUAGAAGAAUCUCUUAUAUUGAACAUACUUCGGAGAUCUCUAAUCAAAUUUCCUGAUCCGAAAACAUGAUUUUGCUUUCGGUCUUUAUUUUUGUUAUUGUAAUCUUAUUUAAUAAGGCCUCUUUUGACUGUUACGAUUUCUGCAUUGAACAAGAAUACAAACUAAGACAUUAUUAUAAGUUUUGGAAUGUAACUCUUGCCGUUUAUUUCGCUAUCAACAUAUUGUAUUAGUAUCACGUUGUAUAUAGAAUUGAAUCAAUUAUGUAAACUUUAUGUAAGUAUCGUUAUGUAUAUAUGUAAAUAGUUAUAAUGUUAA